AUCUUAAUUACAUCUAAAAACCUAGGUUUUUCUAUCUCUCUGUUCUAAUAAGCCAAAAAUAAUAAAACGAGCAAUACAUUGAAGUAUUCCAUGGCUGCUGCAAAGCUUAGCAUUUGAAAUGUCUUCGAAAGCAGGAAAAUUGUGUGAAAAGGUAUUGAAUUUAAGUGAAAAAGCGAUAAAGAAAAAUGCUCAGCAAGGUAUUGCUUGUAUCUGAUGUCAAAUUGAAAAAUAUGAAUUUCACACAUAAACGAUAGCAUUAUUAAGUUAAAGUUAUAAGAAAUCGAGAGAAGUUUAUGGAAGCUUAUGAAAAAAAUUGUAAAAGUAAUUGCAACAUGUGAAAAUAGAAAUAUUUAACAAGGAAUGUGUUGGUGAAUGAACGAAUCCAUGUUAAAAAAAAUAGAAAGGUCAUUAACCUUUCAUCAAUAAUAAAAACCAGCUUAAAUAAUUUUAUAAACAAAAAUAUAAACGUAAAGAAUUAGGUUUGAAAGAAAGAACGUUGUGCAAUAUAUUUUUAAACCUUCAUAAACUCCAAUAAUGGCUUUUCAUAACCCAGACGUCUUUAAAGACUUGAAGUUGCAUUCACCAUCAGAUUCUGAACCAUUUGUAUAUAAAUGGCCGCUAUCAGUUGGACAUGGACCUGACAAACACGACAGUGGUGUUGAAAUAAUUGAAACAGUUCGUCUAGUAUGUGAAGAUAUACCAGAAAUAAAAUCUUCUCUUGAUGACAUUGUGUUCGGAGAAAUUGAUACAAACGACUAUGACAUGAUGAAGAACUUUUGUGACACAUUCAACAAAGCGAUUGAUAGUAUUAAGGCUUUAGAAAAAGGAACUUCACUGCCAGUUAAACGAUUUACAUACCCUUCUAGAAGUAUGUUACGCCACAUUGUACAACAAGUGUACAACUAUGCUGUAAUUGAACCUGAGAAAUUAAACCAAUAUGAACCAUUCUCUCCUGAAGUGUAUGGAGAAACAUCCUUUGAGCUUGUCUGUCAAAUGGUAGAUGAGAUAAAUAUCACAAAUGAUGAUAUUUUCAUUGAUCUUGGAAGUGGUGUGGGCCAAGUGGUUUUACAAGUUGCAGCUCUGACAAAAGCAAAAGUUUGCAUUGGAAUUGAAAAAGCUGAUGUUCCAUCAAGGUAUGCUGAAAACAUGAAUCAAAUGUUUCGCAAUUGGAUGAAGUGGUUUGGAAAGAAAUUCGGUGAUUAUCAACUCCUUAAAGGUGAUUUUCUUGCUGACGAGCAUCGAGAAAAAAUCAUGUCGGCUUCAGUCGUGUUUGUAAAUAACUUUGCUUUCGGCCCAAAUGUUGAUCAUCAAUUGAAAGAAAGAUUUGCUGAUCUUAAGGAUGGAGCAAAAAUUGUCUCAUCCAAAAGUUUUUGUCCAUUAAAUUUUCGCAUUACCGACAGAAAUUUAAGCGACAUUGGAACAAUUAUGCAUGUCAAAGAAAUGACUCCUUUAAGAGGAUCAGUAUCAUGGACUGGAAAACCUGUUUCAUAUUAUCUUCACAUUAUUGAUAGAACAAAACUUGAAAAUUACUUCCAAGGAUUGAAAACCAAAGGGAAUGGUAAUGGAGAAACUAUUGGUAUGCGACUUCCACCAGCUGCAGGUUGUAUUGAUGAACAGUUGACAUCUUACGCUGGUACGAUGAUACAUGAAGAGCUUGACAUUCCAUUAGUUCCAUCGGAGACACCAUACGCAUUGAAAAUACUUCUUGAUGUUUACAAAGCUCAAAUUUUGAAUUUCCUGGAGUCCAUGAAGUCUUCCUCAUACAAAGAAAAUCUCCACCGACAGAUUGAGUCAGCAAAAGAAAAGAAUAAGCGUCUCGUUAAUCGAACAGGGCAGUUAGAAAAGCAGAUAAAAGUUCUUGUUGAUGAUAGUGUUGUUUUGUUGAAAGCACGUAUGCAAGAGUUAGGCAUAAACACAACAAGCCAAAAUGAUUUGCUUUGUAAAGCAAAAGAAAUUGUGGGAAAGCACAAAGAAUUGCAAAUUAUGGCGAAUAAAAUUCAACAUCAAGUUGAUACACUCGAACAGAAACACAACACAAUUCUUGCAUCUCAUGUGAAAACAAUUGCUGAGAAGCAAUCAAAAGAACAAAAAAUCGAUUUUGAGCUGGCUUCGAAAGAUUCUCAUGAUUUGGUUUUGAAAGAAAUUGAAAAUACGUUCAUUCAACGAAAGAAUUUGAAGAAUAAAAUUUCAACUCUCGAAGCCGAAUUGUCAAUAAUUGAAAAUUUGAGUGAUAGCGGCGAUAAAAAGCCUCCCGCAGAAUUGCUAAAUGUGGAUUUGCAAAUGCAUGCGACAGAGCCACAUCAACAAAUACCAAGCAGCGGCGGCAGCUCAACUUCUUUGAUGUACAAAAGUCAAUCAUCAUCAACAAAAUCAUCAACUAGGAAGAGUCGUGAUCAUCGAUCAAAGACACAUGAUUGGCCAGAAAUUCCCGAGAUUGGUAAAAUUGAAGAGAAAAAUCCUGAAAUCCUGGCACAAAAGAUUCUUGAAACGGGAAGACAAAUUGAAGCUGGAAAGUUAUUGGGAAAUAAUUUCACAAAGUUACCAAAAUCUGAGAAUGUUUCGUUAACUAAGAAGUCAAUUUCAUUUUCAUCGAGUUGUGGCUCUUCAAAUAGUAAAGAGGUGAUGUCGAUGCCUGCUCCUUUUACGUCUCAAAAAUCUGGAAAGUCUUCUUCACAUAUGAAUGUUCAUCAUCAAAGCAUGUCGAAAGGUGGAGUUAAGAAAACACCUGAAUCGCAUAAAGUUGUUAACUUUGAGGAUAGACUUAAGAGUAUCAUUACAUCAGCAUUGCAAGGACAAGAUCAAAUGCAAUCGUCUCAAACUGUCCCAUCGCCUCAUAAUUACUCUCAGAAGCAGCAACAUCAACAGCUUCAAAUAAUUCCCCAUCAGGGCAGAGAAAAAAGCCCAACAAAAGUAACAUCAGCACAGAUGGGAUCAUAUUGGAAUAUUCCAGUUUACUCGCAACAACAGCAAAUCAAUCAACAAGCUACAAAUUCUCCAACAGCAUCUCAACAGCAUAUUUCACAAAUACCAACGACACAUAUUCAGGUACCAGUGAAGAAUCAACGACAAAUUGCUGCUUCAGCGAUAUCACAGUUGACACCAUCAGCUGAUCAUAUGGCAAUGAUGCAACAGCAACAGCAAAAUCAGGAAUGCACUUAUUCGCAACUUAAAAGAGGCGAUCAUAUGCCAAAUUUUGCCAAAAAUCAAAGAUCAAGCUCGUCGUUAUCUCAACCAGAUUAUACACAAGUUUCACCUGCAAAGUUAGCAUUGAGACGACAUUUAUCACAAGAAAAGCUGUCACAACAUCCGGGAUCACAACAAUUAAUGACAACGAAGACUAUCGGAGAAUUCAUCAACAGUGAAAUUGAGAAAACUUUGGAAAUUACACCGCAAUCAAUUAUAAAUGCAGUUAUUCAACAUAACAUGCCAGCUGGUUCUCGUAUGAAUAUGAAUUCACAUGAUUCAGUCAUCAAUUGCAAUUUAAAUCAAGAGAGAGAGAGAGUCGAAAAAGAAGACAAUUAUGCGACUUUAAAACCAGCAACAGCAACCAUGACUAAAUCUCAUGAGCAAAGUCAAAAAAUGAUUCCAUUGACUAACAAAUAUGUUCCAUCGUCUUCAAAAGCGAGCGAUGAUUUCAUUUCACCGCAUCGUAGAAUUGAUGAACCUUUCAAUUUUGCUCGUUCACAAAAAUCAUCCCCAGACAUGUUCCACCCUCAACAUCAUCAACCACAACAACACCAGCAAUCAAACAGUUACAAAAUCGAUACAAAAAUGUUCACAUCGGGCAUUGGGAUGUCAAUGAGAAAAGGCGAAGAGCAAGGAAAAGUUGAGCAUGAUCCUCCACUUGAAGGUCUUGCUGCAUCUUUAAGACAACAUGUCAUUGCUUCAAUGAAAAUUAAAGAAGAAACUGAAGUUUGUGAGAGCAAGUACACAUAUCCCGUCAUUAAGAAAGAAUCUACAAGUCAAAUGCAACGAACAUCUCCGGUCAUUCAUCUUUUACGUCCAUCAAAUUUGAUGAUGAAUGAAAUGAACGAUGACAUCUAUCAGUCUGCUGGUUGCUCAUCAAGUAAUAAUUUCGAUAGUAGCGAACGAAAUUUAACUCCCUUGAGUCGCCAUAAGGCCAGUGAAGAUGAUGACUUAGACGAAGAAGGCAUACAUUGGGAAGAAGAGUUUAAGGUGCGUGUUUCUUCAGGAUUCGAUCGUCUAGUUGCAUUUGCUACAGAAAUGAACAAAACUCGCAAGACUAGCCCGAAUAUGGAUACACCAAUGGGCUUCCCAAUCAAGGAUGAUUUUCGAAAGCUCGGCAACGAUACAAGUUUCGAAUGUCCAACUGACUUAACUAACGAUAGACGCAUUAGAUUAAUGAUGGAACAGAAUCGUAAAAAGAAGCACUCAGAAAACACAUAAAAAGUUUAUAAAAGAAUUACUAAGUAUAAGUUUAAAGGAAUUGUUGGACAAUUUGAAGUGUUUACAUACAUUUAUGUAUCCACAAGAAUACAUUCAUAAGUACUGCUAGCAUAAAAUCUUGUUAAAAUAAAAUUAUAAAUAAUUUAUGCUGCCAAUAAAAUUAAUUAACUAUCUAAGAAUUAAAAUUCAACGUGGUCUUUGUAAA